AUGUCGAACAACAAAACGCGCACCACGGGUGUGCCAAAGUUCCUUCGCCACCUCUACGCCAUCCUCCACACCGAGGACUCGUCCAUCAUGUCGUGGUCCAUGGAUGGCAUGUGCAUUCAGCUGUUCAACGUCAAGCGCUUGGAAGCCGAAGUCAGACAUGGCGAUAGCAUGCUUGGGUUGAACAGACGGGUUUACAUGUACAGUACAUUGUGAACUUUUGGCAGAGUCGGCUACACUUGCAUUCUUAAGGCUUUAAUCGCGAAUACUCGGUAUGGCCGCUGGUUGGCGAUCGUUCGUUCGUUGAAACAAGCGUGAAACGCACAUUUGUCAAAUGGUAC